AUGAUAAUAAUAUUAUUUUCAGCAAACGAUAGGUAAAGAUCAAGACAUGGAUCCUUAACAUCGAAAGACAUUCAAGAUUUGCAGAGAGCAUACAGCACUUAUUUGAAUGUUACGGGUCCAGGUGAUUAUUCACUUCCCUCACUUUCACAUGGCAAAAUGGUUGUUUCUAAUAAAAAGAAUUCACCAAUGUUUUCCUUUUCACAAAAGACCAAGUUGCCCUAUUUUCCUUAAUGCUACACACAAACGAAGAAGUAAGAUCCCUUAUUUUCUAUGGGGAAAAGUCCAAGAUUUUAACUUCCUCAGUCAGAAACGUAACUGAAAAGUUAAAUGCCGAUCUAGUAUAUGCCAGAUAUUAUUCAUGAAGAGAAAAACAAGUAUAAGAAAAUAUCUCUUGGAUAUGGAUAGAAAUUAACUUAUAAAACAGAUAAGAAGGAUGAGACAAUCCCAGGACCAAUAUAUUAAAAUGACUAUUACAAUUCAAUGAAAUCUGCAGUAGAUCAUACAUAAAGUCGGACAAACUCAACAUUCGGUUGUGACAAAGAUCAGAUGGCGAAAAUAAUGUACUCUGGCAUGGAGAAGCACUACUAUGGUAUUCAUAGUCCAGGACCUGGAAAUUAUUACUCAUCAGAUAAGAUAGCUUCAUUAUCGUCUAUAAGAGCUCAGUCAUAGUUUUCGAUUCCGAAGAACACUUCAGAAAUCUACGGGAAAGUAGUAGCUAAAAAAGAUGGGUCAUUUUCAAUGCCUAAAUCUGACAGAAAUUUCAACUUCACUAAGUUCAACUCUCUUCACAAUGUCUUAGUCCAAAAAGGGUUAUAUUGA